ACAGUCAAUUUGGAUUCGACCACGGAGCGUGGGGUUUUUUUUUGUACUUCGAAAAUGCCAAAGUACUACUGUGAUUAUUGUGAUACCUACCUCACACACGAUUCACCUUCAGUGAGAAAAACACACUGUAAUGGAAGAAAGCACAAGGAAAACGUUCGGCUUUAUUACCAGAAGUGGCUGGAAGAACAAGUGCAAAAAUUGGUAGAUGACACAACUGCAGCUUACAAGGCAGGUAAAAUAGCCAAUAAUCCAUUUGGCAAUACUGGAGCUGGUAACAGUGGUGGACCUGGCGGUGCUAUGAUCCCGCCCCCAGCAGCCAUGGCAGGGAAACCCGGCGGCAAUGUCCCACCAGGCCCAGCUCAGCCACCACACAUGCAGGGACCAGUGGGCAUGCCCCUCAUGGGUCCACCAGGUGGCAUGGGCCCACCCAUGAUGCCAAUGGGAAUGCGUGGACCUCCAAUGGGUCCUCCUAUGGGGCCACCUAUGAUGGGUGUUGGAAUGCGGGGACCACCGAUGAUGGCUGGUCCAGGAGGUCCGAGAAUGCCCAGGAAAUGAUGUUCAUUUUAAAAUGGUGACUGUCUAUGUGUGAAUGGACAAAGUAUUCUCAAUUUGAAUCCAGAUUCGUGUUGGAUGUGGGUCUCAGCAGAUUUUAAAGCCACUGAACAUUGUUUCUAUUUGGAAUAGCCUUUCUGAUCACCUAUCUCUGAAGAUAACAUUUCAGAGAUAUAUGAGAGGACAUUUUGUUCAUCUCAUCUGUAUUCAUGAGUAACAUUUUUUCUUAAUAUGCAAAAUAAUUGCUUUGAAAAAUCUCUCAUCAGUUAAAAUGUAAAUUUAUUAUCCUUGACAAAUAUUUUAUGGAUACAGUUUCUCUCCUACAAACUUACAAAGAUGUAGGAAAUAUUUGUCAUAUCAAUUUUAGUUUGUGGAAUUAUAUUUUUACACAUUCUUGAUCAAACUAAAAAAUAAAUAAGCAUUUUUCAAUAAUAACUAAUAUUUUUUGAAAACAUAAAUUAUGUUACAUUAUUACUUAUUACAUUGAGCUGAAUCAGAGGGCUAGAACUAGUUUUCAUUAACUGUUAUUACGAGUCAGUUUCUCUACAUUAUAAAUGUUUGGUUGAGGCACAGAAUGGUGUAGCAAUCUUGGUUGAAGCACAGAAUCUUGUGGUAAUCUUUGUUGAGGCGCAGAAUGGUGUAGCAAUCUCGGUUGAGGUGCAGAAUGGUGUAGCAAUCCUGGUUGAGGCACAGAAUGGUGUAGCAAUCUUGGUUGAGGCACAGAAUGGUGUAGCAAUCUUGGUUGAGGCACAGAAUCGUGUAGCAAUCUUGGUUGAGGCACAGAAUGGUGUAGCAAUCUCGGUUGAGGCACAUAAUGGUGUAGCAAUCUCGGUUGAGGCACAGAAUCGUGUAGCAAUCUCGGUCGAGGCACAGACUGGUGUAGCAAUCUCGGUCGAGGCACAGAAUGGCAUAGCAAUCUCGGUUGAGGCACAGAAUGGCGUAGCAAUCUCUGAAAUUUGCCAAUUACAAAAUGAUUCUCAACAAAAUGUUCAUUGUAACUGAGCAUCUCAGAAAUUCAAAUUGACAUUAAUUUUACAAAAGGUUUUUAAGUAAAAAAAACCCUGUUCUUAUAAGGUAUUCAUUAAUAAUCAUCAUACACAAGAUUAUAGGUCAAAUUGAGGUCAUACAUUUUCAGUGAAUUUCAGUUAUGAAGACUGUAUAGCUGCUCUGAUAGCAAAGUGAACAUAAUAUCAAGUGAGAGCUGUAAUUUCAUCUAGUAACUUCAUUUAGUAGUAAUUAUUAAAAUGUGUUCACAAUAAAAGAGAUUUUAAUACAUUUUGUUAUGCUCCAUCUAGACGUUCUACUGCAUGAUGCAGGAGCUAUGGUUUUAAGCUUGUCUGUACCAUCCAUAUAGAUGUUGUGUAAGUCCAAGGUUUAUCAAAAUAAGCCAGGACCUAGUGCAUUUCAUGGCUUCUGUUGGCACUGUUUACAAUGUCUUUCAUCUUCAUUACAGAUUGGUUGCAUUGCUUAGAGAUGUCUUUAACCAGAUCACUAUGAUAAGUAGCCUACUUCUUUGAAAAAUAACAAACAUUGUGUAUCUGUUUUUGGUCCAGCACUUGGUGAGGGGGCUCCUGACACCCCGUGGCAUAUGCUUAUGCUUAUGCCUAACAUUGGAGGUAUUGUGUUCCAUGAAUACAUUUCUGGCUUCUUGAUGUAAUAAUGUUAUGUAAUAAAGUAACAGCAGUAUUA